CGGGCGGCGGGUGUUUAGGAUCAAUGAGCCCCAUGCCCUGGGCAGAGCCUGGGGCAGGGAGUUAGCGGGACCCCCCGUUGCGGGGACAGAGCGGGCAGCGCCGCAGAGACCCUGCCCUGGGCACAGAGCUGUGGGUGGGGCUAAAGAGCUGCUGGGGGCGGCGGCUGAAGGCGACGCCCAAGAUGGCCAAAUCUGAACCUCGGGAAAGAAACUAUGACAACAUGGUAAAAAUGCUGGAGGACCUGAACAGGGAUUUAGAAAAACUUCUGGAAGAAAUGGAGAAACUAUCAGUGCAGGCAACCUGGAUGGCAUAUGAUAUGGUGGUUAUGCGUACCAACCCAGACUUGGCCAACUCCAUGAGGCGACUGGAAGAUGCAUUCCUGAACUGCAAAGAAGAGAUGGAAAAGAACUGGCAAGAGAUGCUGAAGGAAACUAAAGGCACUGAACAAAAACAGGAAUAAACAGUCCUCAUAUCGGUUGGUGAAAUUGCAACAGUUAGAUCAUUUCAGACUCAAUUUUUUCAGUCAUAAAAUAUCUACAGAUGCCUUACAAAUGGAUUAUCUUCUAGUUUAUUAAGCAUUAUUGUUAUGGCUAUAUAUACAAAUGUGUUCUGCCAAAUACAUGUAUUGUUGAAACAAAAAGUUAACUAUGUCUCUGUUUUAAUCUAUUCUUAUCCUAUGAUUUUAAGCAUAGUAUUAUAAUUAUAUUAAUUAUAUUAUAUUUAUCAUAUAUACAAGUGAUCUUUUUUUGAUAUCUUCCUGGAGGAUCCCAAUCUGAUUUACAAAUUGUAAAUUUAGGGAUCUGUUUGCCCUCUUCUAAAAAGCAGAUGCUUCUGCAAUGGAACACAGCAGUUAUUUUGCUUUAGCAACUGGCCUUAGCAAGAAAAUCAAAGAGUGAUUUCUCCAGUUGAAAGAACAGAUACAAUUCCAGAUUGAUCCAAUAUGGUUCAAUAUGGGAUUGCAGAGUAGAUGGGCUAAUAGUUGCAAAGUUGCAUUAUUAUGCUCAAACAUCCAUAGACAUUUCAUAGUGUUUCUUUGACUUUUUUAACCUUUUCUAGGGAUUGUUUCUCAAAAUUGUCCCAGAAAGAAAGCUGUUUUAAUCCUCUCUCUGUUGUAAAGAAGUUGUAUGUGUUAUUACAGUGAGAAUUAUAUAGUGCUU